AUGUUAGGGUCUAAAUUUUUACAUAUAAUGCUGAGAUCCCUAAUGGAGAACAUCAAUAAAGAGGCCAAUGAGAGAGCAAAGAAGUUACGAGAAAGGAUAGAAGAAGCCACGGGAAUUAGAAUUGGAGGGGUAGAAUACGAAGAGGAUUAUUCUGAGGUUAUUAAUAGGUGCUGCGAAAACCUUAUUGGAUACAAAAAGGUGCCCUUGGGAGUUUCAAGCAGGGGGGUACUAAUAAACAACAGGGAAUUCUUUAUUCCAAUAGCAACAACCGAAGGUGCACUGGUUGCAUCGAUGAAUCGCGGAAUCAAACUUAUGAAUGCUUGCGGAGGAGUUGAAGGAUAUGCAGAAAACAUUGGGAUUACAAGGGGGUUUAUUAUGAGGUUUAAGACUUUUGGAGAGGCAAUGAGAUUCUAUCAAUGGAUAAAGGUGGAAGAAUCUGUUGCAAACCUCAAAAGAAUUGGUAAUAAAGGAAGCAGGUAUUUGAGAAUUAACAAGAUAGAAUCUAAGCAUGUUGUUGGAGAAGAUGUAUACAUAAAGGUAUAUGGAUACUCCGGAGAUGCUAUGGGGAUGAAUAUGAUAACAAAGGCAUGUGUUCAAAUAUCUAGUGAAAUAACUCGAAUGUUUCCAAAUUCAUCCCUUGUGUCCAUAAGCUCCAAUACAUGUACCGACAAAAAAUGGUCGGGCGAGAACUAUUGUAAUGGAAGAGGGAGGAGGAUAUUUAUGAACAUUAAGAUAGAUGACAAAAACUGCCGAGAAAUAAUUGGCGUUGGGAUAGACAAGAUUCUGGAUGUAUAUCAUUCAAAAGUCGUUGUUGGAGGGUCUCUUGUGCUAGGGGGAUUUAACUGCCAGGCAGCCAAUUAUGUGGCAGGAAUGUUUUUGGCUUUGGGACAGGAUCUUGGGCAGGUUAUUGAAAGCAGCAACUGUGUAUUGAGUAUGAAGAAGUUUACAGCAGAUGUUCUGAGUGUUUCUUUGUUUAUGCCUUCUGUUACUGUGGGGGUUAUUGGGGGUGGUACACAUCUAGAGCCUUCAAAAAGUUUUCUAAAGCAAUUUAAUAAGGGGAAUGAUGACUAUAUAAUAACGAACAAAGAUGAAGACAAGUCAUCUGGACCUGGAUAUCUGGGGCUAGCGGUUGGGACAGCAGUGCUUGGAGGGGAACUAUCUCUUCUAGGUUCUCUAGCAAACAAUACUUUAAUGGAGAGCCAUCUGAGAUUGAAUAGAGGAGUGACCCAGACAACGGAAUAG